AGUGAAGGAACCUGCGUUGUGUGAUUGAGUCAACACCGUCCGUCGGUUACCCGGUGUUGGAUUGACCAUCCUGUUUCUGGCAUGGAGGAAUCACAGGGUAAUCAGGACUGUUCCAGGUUUGGAUGUUUUGUCGGCAAGGUUUUUGGUGCUGCGCAGGGGAUUGCUGGUGACCACCACAAUGUGAGCAGUGCUUCUCAGGCUGAUGGGGCUUAUCUGAAUGUUAGAAGGUCAUUGCCUUCUGAAUCUACUGUUGGAAGUAAUCAACAUUUUCAGGGUUUCUCUCACAGUGGCAGUCUAUAUGACGAGCAGUUUGUGGCAGAAGCUUUUCAGGACAUGACUCUAGGUUUCAGAAGCUCUGGGCUGCACGGCUUUGAUAGGCAACAAUGUUAUAUUAAUGGACAAUCUCAAAUGUGUGCACCCUAUGAUCAGCAUGUUGGUUCAAACUUUAUGUGGCAGCACGAUAUGGGUGUGCAACCAUACUCUGUUAUGCAACCACACCGUGUGUACCCACAAAUACAACAAGUUUCUGGGUUGGAUGUUUCUCGACAUACGAGCAAUCAGCAGGCUGCACUUCUUAAUCUUGCAAAGAGCACAUCCUCUUAUAAUGGAACACCAAAUUUUAAUGGGCUGGAAAGUCAGGAUCCUUACUUGAAUAGUGCUGCUUUUGAGAAGAGAAAUUACCAGGUGCAUAAUACAUUCAUGGACAGCUUCCCCAGUACAUCUUACACUGACGGUUCAUGUGGCAGUGGUGAUUUUCGCCAUUUUCAGCAAGCUGAAAAGUUUGCCCAUUCAUAUGGAUUAGGUUUCUCGCAUCAUCGGAUAUCUGGCAAACUUAGCGUAGCAAAUUAUCCAGAAAAGGUUCUAAUGAGGCAUGGGGGUGUAAAUUCAGUAAGAACUAUCAAGUUUGCUCCUUCAGUUAAUGGUUGUGCUGAUAUGGAUCAAAGAAUUAAUGGUUAUGGACAUGACUAUCUUAACAUUCGGAGCAAUGACUCCUUGCACCUGGACUGGUUCAAUCCCCAUUUUCUGUCCUCAAAAUCUGAGUAUGAACCAGCCAUGGAAUCACCUCAGUUGACCUAUAAUUCAGUUGAUGAAGUUGUUGGAAGAAUUUGUACUGUGGCAAAGGAUCAGAAUGGCUGCCGCUUCCUGCAAAAAGUAUUUACCGAAGGCACUCAAGAGGAUGCUGAGAAAGUCUUUGCUGAAAUAAUUGAUCAUAUUGGUGAACUUAUGGUGGAUCCAUCUGCUCACUAUUUGGUGCAGAAGAUUCUUGAAGAGUGCAGCAAUGAUCAAAGGAUGCACAUAAUUUGUGAAAUUACCAGAGUACCUGUAGAGCUUCUUAAAGUUUCUUGCAACAUGCAUGGAACUCGUGUAGUGCAAAAAGUCAUAGAAACUUUAUAUACCUCGGAUCAAGCUUCGAAGGUUGUGUCUGCUUUGAGUCCUGGAGUAAUGUGUUUGAUGACAGAUCCUAAUGGCAGCCAUGUUGUGCACCGCUGCUUGCAGAAUUUUUUACCUGAGCACAAAGCGUUCCUUCUUGAGGCUGCUGCAUCGGACCAUCUUCAACUUGCAAGAGAUCGUCAUGGUUGUUGUGUCCUUCAAAAAUGCAUUGAACAUUCAAAUGACAAUGAGAAGAACAACUUAUUGAGCAAUAUUACAUCCAGUGCCCUUAGGCUUUCAGACGAUCAGUAUGGGAACUAUGUUAUUCAAUUUAUUCUUGGCCUCAAGAUUGAAUGGGCAACGGCCAAAGUAGUGAAUGAACUGGAGGGUCACUUUGGAUAUCUAUCGAUGCAGAAGUGUGGUAGCCAUGUUGUUGAACAUUGCCUGAAGCUAGCACCACAUCUAAUGCGUGAUAAGAUCAUCAUUCAACUUAUGAAUGAUCCUAAAUUACUGUAUAUCAUGCUAGAUCAGUAUGGGAACUUUGUGAUUCAAACAGCACUUAGACAGUGCAAGGGUGCACUAUAUGCUGCCUUUGUCGAAGCUAUUAGACCGCACGCUGCCGUACUGCAAAGCAGCAUGUAUGGGAAAAGGGUUCUAUCAAGAACAUACCUGAAGAACAAGCAAUACGGAUUUGGCAGCUAUUAACCAUCAUUUUUGGCAAGCACAGAAAGAGCGGUGUGGUUCAGGCAACCUGUAUUAACAGGGGCAGCCGGGCAGGACUAAUGUAUAAAUCUGUGACGAAAUUCAGAUCUUACAGACAGGAUACAUCUUCUCAAGUCGAAGGAGGACCUUUUGUUUCCAGGAAAAUUUUGGUUAGGGGAAGCUUUUGUCUGAGCUACUUUGUGUAUUCUCAUAUGCAGAACUAGUAGUGUCAUCUGGAAAUAAUGGUGAUUUGUAUUGUUGGAUUGGUUAUCAGUUAUGUAUUUUAUUGUAUCUGUCAAACUGUAGUAGUACCGGGAACAUCUUGUAAUAUGUUAGUUGUAUUAUCUGCUACAGGCUAAAGUGGUAUAAUAUAUUCUGGUCAA